CCGAACUAAAUAAGGAUCUUAAAGUGUUAUAAAAGAAUAUAGAAAUAUUAAAAGUUAUAAAAAGUGAUUGUGAAAUGGAUGUUUAAGGAUAAUGAAAAUGAUUUAAUAUUAGUUGUGUUUAGUUCUCAUAUAAAAAUGAAAAAAAAAUGUGUUAAACGAACCAGUGUGUUUGUUUUUCAUGUAAAAAUGUCGAUGUGGUUAAAUUGCCGAAACCUUAGAGUUGUCAUAACCUUGAGGUGGGUUAAAAUAAAGUCACUACAGUAAGAAGUGACGUCGACCUUCGUAACGCAAGCUUAACACAAUCUUACCGUGACCGGAAGUUGCCAAAAUGGGUUUUUGGUCGGGCCUGAAAGCGAUCGUGGUCUCGGUGGCGGCGUUUCUUGGCCUUACAAGCAAUGAGGCGUGUUUCGGUGGACUCGGCUGCUUUUCUAACAAGGCACCCUUCGACAACGCGGGCGGCUAUCUACCACAGGCUCCUGCUGACAUCAAAGUGGAGUUUCUAUUAUACACUCCUCAGAACCGUGCCGUGCCCCAGGUGAUCUCCGCUGACGCCGCCGUCCUGCGCGCCUGCCACCUUUCGUCUAUUCGGAAGUCGGUGUUCAUCAUCCAUGGUUACCGGGAUAACCCAUAUGCGUCCUGGGUCACCGACAUGAAGGACGCCCUCCUCUCGCAGACAGACGUAAACGUGGUGUCGGUUGACUGGGGGCGCGGGGCGGAUAAAUCAGACUAUGACCAGGCGGCAGCCAACACGCGCGUCGUUGGUGCCCUCAUCGCGCAGCUUCUCACCGCUCUCCGAGACUUUCGGUCUCUUAACUACAAGGACGUCCAUCUGGUGGGCCACAGCCUGGGUGCCCACAUCGCCGGGUACGCCGGUGAACGUAUGAACAAGUCCGUGGGAAGAAUUACAGGCCUUGACCCUGCAGGACUGUCGUUCGAGGCAGACCCAGAGGAGGUACGUCUGGAUCCCGGUGACGCUCUGUUUGUCGACGUCAUACACACAGAUGCUCAACCCCUUAUUUCACUAGGGUUUGGGACAAAGUUACCAAUGGGUCACGUGGACUUCUACCCGAAUGGCGGGAAAGACCAGCCCGGCUGUACGCGCUCAGCCAGCGACCACCUAUUCAAACUCAUCACAGGAAAAUUUACAAGUUUUCGGGAGGGCAUCGCGUGCGACCAUUCACGUGCUCAGGACUACUUUACCGAGUCAAUAACCUCCACGUGCCGAUUCACGGCCAGCUGGUGUCUAAAUUAUGACGCGUUUAAACGCGGCGACUGCCCCUGCGGUAAGUCGCCGUGCGUCUCCAUGGGAUUCUACGCACGCGCAAAUGCCACGCGCGGAAAGUACUUUCUAGAUACGGCCGACAAGUCUCCUUUCUGUUUAACUCGGAACUCGUUAUGAUUCGUUUUACGAUAUAUAAUGUAUUAUAAAGUGAAUAAACGUAAAGUCGGUUUAGAUGAUGUGUUGCAUUUUUAUGCUCCCCGAAGGAGGAGUAUAUAGAAAUAUGGAAAUAAAGGGAGUGCAGUGUACAAGAACCAGAUCCGAUCACGCAUAUUUAUUAAGUUACAUCCCCUUAACCAUGUUUUCAUAAAUCCAUCCAUCCGUCAAACCUUUCACACUCUUGUUCGGAGUUCGGAGAAGAACUUCAAAGCUACUGAUGGGAUUGAAAUAAACUUGUUGUGAUCUGAUUUCUUAAACAACAUUUUCUGUAAAUUACUUCCCGCUACCACUUAUGGCAAACAACACAUAUAUCUCUGAUAAGCCAACGUCAAGAAGCUAGGUGGUUUCCUGCUUGGUGAUCGAUAUCUUUUCAAUUUAAGCUAUGAAAUAGUGAGAAAAGGUGACUUCAAUUCCUGGUCACAAUUAUGAAAAUAUGCUCUUUUUAAAUAGAAGCGUGGAC